CAUCCAUUCGCAGAAUCGACUCAUCACAUGAUUUCGAUGGUCACGUAUACAUUCAUAGCGUUUAUACAUAUACGGACGUGUGGCCGUUUGUCGGGCACCAGCGAAGGUAUGACAUGGCCCCGUGUUGACUGUUGAAGAGAAGGUGUGUUACAAUUUAGCGAAUUUGACACCAGAUUUUUGCUCGAAUUUCUCCGAAAACUCACCUUGCAACGCGAUCUAGUGCAAGAUCUCACGUUGGAAGCCUUACGGCAACUGUCUCCGAUCUGCUACGCGUUUAGCGGGUCCGAAAUCCCCGAACCAUGAUGGAAGACGAGACCGUGUACGGCACCGCCGACGACGGCGGUGUCAGCGUGAUGUCGGAGCGGGUGCAGUCCCUCGCGUCGAGCAUCUACCGGGAGUUCGAGCGGAUGAUCAAAGGCUACGACGAAGACGUGGUCAAGGAGCUCAUGCCGCUGGUCGUCAAUGUCCUGGAGAAUCUUGACGGUACUGUGGCCGAGAAUAAGGAUUACGAGGUGGAACUGGAGUUGCUGAAGGAUGACAAUGAGCAGCUGAUCACGCAGUAUGAGAGGGAAAAACAGCUCCGUAAACAAGCAGAGCAGAAAUUUUUGGAGUACGAGGAUGCCAAUGAUCAGGAGAAGAGGGCCCUGCAGGCACGUGUGGAGGCCCUGGAACUGGCCCAGAAACAGGCCACCCUCAAGGUCAAGAACUACAGUGACCAAGUGGCCCGGCAUGAGUACCGGGAAUCAGAGAUGAAGCAAGAAUACAUGAUCUUACAAAAGAGGCACAAUGAGGUCCUACAGAAGUACAUGGAACAUGUUGAGCGGCUGAAGAUGGUGGGCCAGCCUGAUACAGUUGGCAGUCCCAGGUUAUUCAAGCUGAACCUCAACCGUCCCCACUCUCCCAUCCUCAUGGAGCAGGACAUGGUCGGGGUCCCAAAUGACACCAGGCUGGCUGACGCCCUGCACUCACCUACCACACCCCCGAAGAACUUCGUCCCUAGCGAGCAGCCCAAUGAUUCCAACCUGCACCACGAGAUUAUGACUUCACCAGACCGGGAGACCUUGGACGGUAAAAAAGUGAAGAAGACUCCCCAGAAGCAUAUUGAGACACAGGCGGGGGUGGAUACCAGCAAUGCUGCCACAGUCACAAGUCCACAGAAGGAUAAUCGCACGAUGAGUCCAGAGCUAGCUGCCAUUGUCGACAGCACACCAGAGCUGCAGGGCAAAAAGACAGAGAGACCAACAAACAUAUCAGACAGCAAAGGAGAGAGCAAGGAAAAUGCUACCAUUUUCGAGGAGCUGGAUCCAGCAUUGAUCAGCGAAAUGGAUGAAGGGGCCAGCAUUACAGCCGUUGAAGACUAUCUACUCAAUCAAUUCAAACUCUCUACUGAUUCCAUGCAUGCGUUUGAAAAAGCAGUGGAUCCAUCCGAGUUCUCUGAUGAUAGUGAAGAAAGUGAUGUAUCAUAUGGUUUGGAUGUCAUGUCGCCAGAUAAUUUCUACGGCAUGGGUAAAGAAGUGGAAAACAUCUUGCUGGAAAACUCAGAGCUCCGGGCAACCAAGAAUGCCCUGAACGUUGUCAAGGAUGACCUCAUAGCCAAGGUGGAUGAGCUGAUGUCGGAAAUUGAGGUCCAGCGCCAGGAAAUGAACGGUCUACAGACGACCAAAGGGAGACUGAAUCUACGCAUCACCGAGCUGGAAGAGGAAAUCAAGAAGCUGAAGGAGGAGAAUGACAAAGUGGCGUCUGUGGAUGAAGAGGAAGGUGUGCCCAUGGCCCAGCGGAAACGCUUCACCCGUGUGGAGAUGGCCCGGGUCCUGAUGGAGAGGAACCAGUACAAGGAACGACUGAUGGAGCUGCAGGAAGCAGUACGGUGGACUGNNNCAUGCAGAGCUUCUAGAGAGCAUCCGUCCUUUGAAGGCAAGAAGAAUAAAUCCUCGAUCUGGAAAUUUUUCAGCAACUUGUUCAGCACCACCCCGGCAGCUCCUCAGAGGAAGCCAGGCUACCCCCACGCCAACAUCCGCUACAACGCCCCUACAUCCAGCGUCACACCCUCUGCCAAGCAGCGGACCCAGACUAUUGCCUCCUUGGACAACAGAACCAAAGCCUUUGAGUUCUUGGAGGAUGGUGACCCACGACUCAACAAGGACAAGCGGGAGCAGUACAAGAAAGUCAAGGCCCACGUCCGGCAGGACGAUGGCCGAGUGCAGGCCUAUGGCUGGAGCCUACCGGCCAAGCUCCCCAGCCCCCCCAGGGGCCCCACUCAGCAGACAGGCAGCAUGGUAGGGGUGCCUGUCCCCGUCUUCUGUCGACCGCUGGCGGAGAAGGAGCUGGGAACAAAGAUCUGGUGUGCUGCUGGGGUGAAUCUGACCGGGGGUCGCACCAGGGAUGGUGGGUCCAUAGUCGGAGCCAGUGUGUUCUACUCCAACAGCGCCCCUGAAGACAGUGCCCAACUCAGGAAGGAGAGAUCGGACUCAGAACUGGACAGACUUGAUGAAGAAAUCACGAAACAGCAGAAGGCAAUUUGUGACAGUGGCAAGAACCAGCUAUCCUCUCUAGUGUGGAUAGGCACCACGGCUCAUGACGCCAGCAAGGUGACCGUGAUUGAUGCUAACCAGCCCCAGGUGUUGCUGGAUUCCUUCCCUGUCAAGAACCCCCACAUCCUGUGCAUUGCCAGCGUCCCAGGAGCAAUGGAAAGCGAUUAUCCAUCUGAAGACAUUGAAGCAGCUGAUGACACAGCAUCAGUCAACUCGGUCACCAGUAAUGGCAGCGACAGUGGCUUUGGUAACAUCACCUUGGUAACCGUCAGUGUUCCUGUCACACCCAGGAGCUCAACGCCUAACUCUGAAAAGGGCGACACCAACCAUGGUGAAGAAGGCACUGAAUUCAAAGCAGAAGUGGGCGAUGCCAAGUUCUCCAACAUUGCCUCAGUGGAAGAUGCAGAGCAGUCCAUCACCAAGGCUGCCACCACGGCCCCCUUGGCCGACACCGUCGGGAUGGAGGGAAUCGUUCGGGAGGACCACUUUGGCAGGGGCAACUCAACCUCAAGUGCAGACUCAGAGCACUCCGGUGACCCCCUAGGUGUGACCUCUGACCCCAUUCCACUGGAGAUCAUGCGACACCGGUCCAGCACAACUGGGGCCAGUGACCUGCUGAAGGACGGGCUGUCCAGUGCCCCGACCGAGAACGACGUCAUGCACGAAGAGUUUGAGAAGAUGACUAGCAUUAAGCCCACAAUGUGGCUGGGGGCACAGGAUGGAUGUCUCUAUGUCCAUUCAGCCGUGUCCCAAUGGCGGAGGUGUCUGCAUUCAAUCAAACUCAAGGAUUCUAUCUUAUCAAUAGUGCACACCAAGGGCCGUGUUCUGGCAGCCCUGGCCAAUGGCACAAUAGCAGUCUUCCACAGAUCAGCAGAUGGUCAAUGGGACCUGAGCAAUUACCACAUUCUGGACCUUGGCCGUCCUCAAUACUCCAUACGAUGCAUGGUCCUGGUGUAUGACAGGAUCUGGUGUGGUCUCAGGAAUAAAGUGCACGUCAUACAUCCACAGACUCUUAAAGUUGAGCGAUCAUUUGAUGCCCACCCCCGUAAGGAGAGCCAGGUGCGGCAGGUAGCCUGGCAAGGGGAUGGGGUGUGGGUGUCCAUCCGGCUGGACAGCACACUGCGCCUGUACCACGCGCACACCUACCAGCACCUGCAAGACGUGGACAUUGAGCCCUAUGUUAGCAAGAUGCUGGGCACUGGAAAGUUAGGUUUCUCCUUUGUACGCAUCACUGCCCUGAUGAUAGCCUGCAACCGGCUAUGGGUGGGUACCGGCAAUGGUGUCAUCAUCUCCAUACCGCUCACAGAAACAACAAAGCCUACCCCGACAGGAGGCAGCAGGCCAGGCGGCGUCAUCAGGGUCUACUCCGACAGCAAGUCAGACAAUGUCCGUCCCGGCAACAUCAUACCGUUCUGCAGCAUCACCCAGGCACAGCUGUCCUUCCACGGUCACAGGGACGCGGUCAAGUUCUUUGUGGCUGUACCAGAACCCUCUUUGCCCUCAGGCACAGCAGGUGGAGUCAGUGCCUCCAGCUCUAGUUCUUCGCUGGACGUCGCCCAGAGCAAGCCAGCCACAGACAGGGCUGCCAUCAAGAACAUGCUGGUCAUGAGUGGAGGAGAGGGCUACAUUGACUUCAGGGCAGGUGACGGAGAUGAGGAAGAUGAGAGCGCAGCAAGCAACAACUACGGUGAUGAUCUCACCAACUCCUCCCGGGCAGCACGGAAUGAGAGGAGUCACUUGAUUGUCUGGCAGGUGUCAGGGGUCGCCGAGUGAAGACAUGCCCACCAGUAGGGCCCAGAAGCUAGACGGGGCUGAGGGGAGCCUAGACCGAGGCUUAUCAGAAGGGCAGCGGCAAUUGUAAUUUAAGGCUGCCCUCAACUGAUCAAGCAGGAAGCUGAUAACCCAAACUGUGGCAUUGUUACAACCAAAGAUGUUGUUUUUAUUUUUGGGGGGGGGGUAAUCAUUGAUUAACAGUCAUCAAUCCCCUAGUCACAGUAAAGGGCUUGUCACUCAACAUUUCUCCAAAUCCAGACACAACUAUCCUGACUUCGUUCUGACUCCAUCUCACAUUGUUUGUGAGUUGUCUAGAUGUAUGCAAAGCAACAAAUGUUUUUUGCACUAAAUCGUGGGAUUCACAUGGAAAUAUAAAGACCACUUAUCUACAAGGAACUGCUACGUUAAACCAGUCACAGAAUUGUGCAUUAAUCUGCCUAUAAUGUGUCUUGCAACCAUCCAUAAAUUCAAGUGAAAUUAUGUUUUUGAAAAUGCAGCAAGAAUUAAGUAAAUCUUGAGAAUUUAAACAUUGAACAAAACCUCAAAUAGAUAGGAAAAGCUACAAGACAGUUUUGCAAGUGUUAAAUGUAAUGUGCAUAUUGCCGAGCCUAAAGAAAAGUCGUUACUUUACUGCCAAAAAAAACGUAAGAAGUGUAAAUAGAUGUAAAAUAGCUAAUCCAUAAUCGUUUACAGUCGUUCUUAUCUUGAAUUGAAACAUUACACUUUGAAAUGAAAAGGGAAAAGUUAAUUAGGUUUUUCAUCUUUGCACUUCAUGCGUGACAAUCGGAGAGGAAUUUUUUGUCAUGAUUUAAUAGAUGUUAGAUCUUCCCACGUUUGAGCAAGUCCAUUUUUCACUGGCCAGAAUAAUUUAUAAACACGCGUCCCUUUUAGUCACCCAAUAAACUGUUUCCAAAGUUAAGACAUAUCAAAAGAAUGGAGGACUACAGUUUUCUUCAGCAUUUCAGCUAUUGUCCUUGCAAGCACCGUCUACAGCCUCAUCUGAAGAUGUGCCAUGGGGGCCUGGAUAAAGACUACUUGUCUGCCUCGUUGUUUGUCCACCAUAUCUCUCUGUCAGCUUCUUGCUUAAUCUCUGUACCUUCCUCCAUCCUCAAAGUCCUGUAGUGUUUUUGGCAGUUGUUAGGUAUCUCUCAUUGUCCUCUCUGGUAAAUCUUUUUUUGGAGUUAAGUUUUAAGAAAGAUGUUUCGAAUUAGAUUCUUGCCUGCAUGCCACUACCAAUGCUUGUACAUAAUCUUAAUGGUGCAUUGCAUGUAAAUACUACCAGUUUUAGUCCACAAAAAAAACCAAUUCCUUGGGGCGUAUUUGUUUUGAGUGGUUGAUUUUAAUCAGUAUUAGCUGCCACAUAUCUAAAAUUUUAAUAUUGGCCUCUUGGUGUGUGGUUUUGAAAUAUUGAAAAUGAUGAGUUGGCAUUGAGUUUCUUUUAGAAAUUAUUUGGUAUUGAACUGUGUAUGUUGUAUAUGAGGGACCCAAUACUUGUAAGCAGUAAUCAAGUGUGCUUCUCAGCAAUGGGUCAAAUUUUUUGAGAAAGAAAGCUACUCCCAGACGACACAUUAGACGUCUUAUCCUUAAUCUAUGAUGGCAACACCAGUUACUCAUUGAUAUUUGCACCAACUGCCACUCUAGGGUAAACAUCCAACUGAUUUCCUUCUGAAAUUGUUUUUGAGUAAUCAGGCUUCCAGGACUCAAUUUAUGGAUUGCUUGUGUGACCGAGAGAGACUGUUUUGUUUCAAGCGGUGAUGUUCGAUGGAGCCAGUACUUGGCUUUGUCGUAGUGUCCUGUGGAAGCUUAGAAAACAGUGAUUGCUGUCUGAUUCACCCAAAUAGACUGUAAUUUUUGCCUUGGUUGGUCAUUCACAAUGAUGUACCUCAGCAACAGUGGCUUCUCUGAGGCACAUUGGUUAAAACAGUACCAGAAAUUGCUCGAGACAGCGGUUCUCUUAUGGCCAAGUUAAGAACUGUAGCCGUGCCACCUGUCAGGCUAAUAGCAUAGAGGUGUUGGAUUACCAGCUAGAUGUGCAACACGAACUGUGAGCAAACUACCAGUUAGAUGUCAAGGCGCCAGCUGGAAUGGAAUGCGUUUCCUUUCUUUCUUUCUUUCUUUUUUUUCUCUUUUUUUUUUGGGCUGGUCAGCUCUUCUGAACACAGAAUUGAUACCUGAUGUAAGGUGACUCUUUGACUCCUGACUGACCAUCUAUUUCAGUUUGACUCAAGGCUGAUGGUGAGGCCAUGAUCAGUCAAACAGAGUGAAGCUGUCUUGUGACCUGUAUCACUUCCUUAGUUUCCUGUGGCAGAUUCCUGUCUUCUGACCAGCUGAGCCGUUGUAUGACUUGCUCCAAAGUCUUCUGAAUAAGAUUGGUAAUACCUCGGGUGGUGUAGUCUGACAUCUAAUACACUUAGAUUAAAUUAGGCUGUUACUGUUAGCCAUGGUACUUAAUUAAGAAAAUUGAAUAGUUUUUAGCCCUUCAGGAAAGGGGGCUGGGAGGUGAUGACUGUUCUGGUUGGAAUGGUUUGAUCAUAUUAGUUCCCAUACCUUUGAGUCAGAUUCAACUUUGUUUAUGGCAAAAUGUUUGUUUUAGGCCAAAGAUGACAGGGGAAAACAGCUAAAAAAAAUCUGUAAUACUAAGAUUGUAAUCACUUUAUAUCCACGAUGUAUCCCCUACGUCAGACAGUGCAUAGUACACUGUACACUAUCUACCCAGUUUGUUUUAAUGGUCAAUCAUUCUUUUACACAUAGAGCUUGUUGUCACGGAUUUAAAUCGGUUUGUUGUAAUUUGGAUUUGGAAUGAAAUACAAAACUUGUGCAAUGAUGUAUAAAAAAAGUAGCAAUGGGGGGUACAUUCAGGGUGAGGGAUCAACUUGGUUUCAGAGCUCAGUGAGUUUUUAUCCGAGAUUUUCUCCAGUGUUUGCCAGGUGAUUACAGUAAGCAUACCAGGAGCCAAGCAACCCCAGCUGCUCUAAUAUUCAGUUAGAAUUUUACAGUGUUUAUCUUACUUUUUGUGUGUAUAUGUUGGGGAUGGAUUUCUAACUGUCAGAAGUUUAAAGAUGAGGACAACCGUUCUUGUUGUACCCCCUUAAAAUGGCAACUUUGUGUGGGGGAGGGGGGCUACACAAAAGUUCUGUUCGAUGUCAUUUGUUCUAAAUCAGCUUGUUGAAAGCUUUGCUCUGAAGUUAGCCCCAUGUACAUGCAUAAUUAUUGCCUCAUAUCAUCUGAGAAAAGUGCGAGUUCAAAGUUUGGGUAGCCUUUAGGGGCGAGUGCUUAAAGGGUUCUACAAUUUUCAGUGUACAUGGCACAUUUGUGUGGUUCAUUGAUUAGAACAGUUUCUAAUUUGGAGGUGACAGUUGAACUAACAUUUGCAGAAUCUUACAGUGUUGAGAAAUUUGUCACACUCGCAUUCUGAAGGAAAGUAACAAUAUUGUUAUAGUUGCUUAGACUGUUUAAUUUGAAUAAACUGUGAAUACUUUUUAUUUAUUUUUUAUUACUUUGUGGUUUUGAUUCAGUUGUAAAUUGUAAGUUAUAACCACUACUAACACAAAGUAUUGCAUUUAAGUGCUGUGUAUAUAUCUCGCAUGAAUAUAUUAAUUUUGAAGAUAAUAGGUGUUUUAAAUAACCCAAGACUGAUUUUCAGUAGACUAUUCUUUUGUAGACUAGGCCACUUAAAUUUAUAAUUCAUAUAUAUUGUGGUUUGAAGCUGAGUCUUAAAACAAGUUUUAUUGGUCAAAGUGGUUCUUUUUAGUGGCCUUUAUGCUUGUAAUGAAUACUUGUUACAUCUUCGCUCGCCACAUCUCAUUGAUUACCAGUACGUGUACAUUGCUUCCUCAGAGUCGUCAGGUUUUCCGCCGUAAGCUGGUGAGGCACAUCCCUGCUGUUACCUUAUUUUUUUUUUAGUGGCUUGUUUUUAUGAAUGUUAUUGAAUAAACAACGAGCAUUUCACUGUGAUGAA